GGUGCAAAGGUCUAUGAAUACCCUUAUGCACCGUGUCGGCUCCUCGCAGUCAAAGACAGACAGAAAAAAGCCGAGAGACCGAGGCGAAGAUAGCCGGGCGACCGAGGCAGCCGUGGAGCGAAGAGCUGUCAUGUCCAGCUUUGCUCGUAAGAAGAUAAUCAACCAGGACACAGUCGGUGACGACAGUGGUGCCAUGCCCACCAGACCCAACGGACAUUACAUCAUCUCUAAUGGAAGCAUCCCCGCCUCCCCUACUCCACUCAGUCCUCCAUACUCACUGGCAGAUGAGUCAGACAGUCCAGAGCUCUUCAGAACAAAGAGCUACGACGAAGUCCUCUUCGACAUCAGGAAAAUCAGUCCAGAGAAGAUAGCCGCUCAAAUGACUCUGAUCGACCUGCCGCUGUUCAUGGCCAUUCAAAUUGAGGAGUUUCGGGGGUGUGGCUGGACCAAGAAAGACAAAUUGAGACUAGCACCAAAUAUUGUAGCCUUCACCAAGAAAUUUAACCACACCAGUUUCUGGGUGGUGCAGGAGAUUCUAAAGGAGCCAAUUUUGAGAGUGAGAGCAGAAAUACUCACGCAGUUCAUCAAGAUAUCAAAGAAACUGCUGGACCUGAACAACAUCCAUUCUCUGAAGGCCGUGGUGUCAGCAUUGCAGAGCCGUACCAUCUUCAGACUGACUCAGACCUGGAAAUGUGUCCACAAGAAAGACAAGGCCGUCUACGAGAGACUGCAGGACUUUGUGUCUGAGACCGACAACUGGAGGCAGAUGAGGGAGCACAUGGACGCAGCUCGUCUCCCCUGCAUCCCUCACCUUGGCCCCUAUCUCACCGACCUCACCUACAUACACGCCCUGCCAGACAAGGUCGCCCAGAAGGCAUCCAGACAGAUGGAGACGGUCUUGAACAUGAUUGCCUACUGUCAGAACUCGUCCUAUGAUGAUCUGAAUCCCGAGGUUCACAUUCAGAAGUAUCUCCGACAUACUCGCUACAUCGACGAACUCCUCAAGUUCUUUGAGGAGGAACAAUAUCAGUGGGUUUCAUCACACUCCACCUUUCGAACCGUUCCUUAACUCUCUUUGUGUUCCGCUUGUUUCACUCUAUCAAAAUGCAUGCUUUUGUAUGAGCAUGUACAUGCAAUAACUAAUGGCAGACUGUUUGUACCUUCUUUCUCUCAUCUCUCCCCUCUCUCUCUCUCUCAUCUCUCCCCUCUCUUUCUCUCAUCUCUUCAGAUUGUCUCUCAAACGUGAGCCUGAUCUGGUACAGCUCCGACGAGCCACACCCACCACCACCGCCAUCGCCCGACCCUCCCCUGCGCUCCGAACCUCCAAGAGCCACGAGGACCUCCUCACCCCCUUCGCCUCUGCCGCCACUCGAGACUCCGCCCCAUCCGACACCGCCCACUCGUCAGUGAAGAUCUGGACUCCGCAGCCCCAGCAAAGGACUCGAACUCUACGACACACUCUCGGAGACGCGAGCAGCGAAGAAAUCAAGAAGGAAUCGGUUCGACUGAGCGCUAUCCUCAACGAUGAAGAAGAUCCUUCGGGAGACAUUCAGAUUACCGUCUACAACAGCCCUGCCCCCACCACCAAGGGGCGGAGUUUUACGCUGCCUCGAGAGGGUGAACACUCGGGGGAUUGGCCCCCUCAUUUCCAUCCCGCUCCCUCCUCAUCGUCAUCUUCUUCCUCGUCAGCUACCUCGUCUCGGACUAACGUGAGGGGCUCGGAGAGUGCAGGGACACCGGUGAAAGAGACGGUAAUGCAGCCGCCACCCUCAGCUCCGCCCGUCAUGGGGCGGAGUCCCAGGGAGUCGCCCGCCCAGUGGCACCGACGGCAUCGGAAGUCUUUCAGCGUUGGCACCAAUGUUUUGGCAGUUCUUGGAAUAGGGAAGAAUGCCAAACAAUCCACUGCCUCAUCGUCCAGUACUACGGCGUCCCCAGAACUGACACACCAGCAGACUGCACUGAGUCUCAUUGACGACAGCAUUCUCGACACGACUUUUACCACCGGAACAUCCUUCUCCGGGACACCCACUGGGUCCCUUGGCAACUUGUCGUCUAGCUCUAGCAGUGAGAGUAUGGAGGGAGUGGGGCUGGAGGAGGAAGAGGAGGAGGAAGAGGUCGAAGGUCUCAUGAUCAACCUCGUGGACAUCAGCACCACCACCCUCCAAGAAGGUUUCUUGAGGCGAAAGGUGUGGAAGAAAGCCAACAAGUCGACUGUGUCGCUGACUCCUCGCAGGAAGGUGAAGUACAGGGUCCAGCUGACUGAGAACUCACUCAUACUCCACAGCUCCAAACCAAGACCCAAGAAAUCGGGCAAGGAAAAAGUAAAGAAGAUCCCUCUGAAAGAGUGCAGAGUAAAGUACAGAGACCCCAAGAUGAGUGACAAGACGUUUGUGCUGGUGGAUGGGCUGGGGAACCAGAGCAAGUACUCGGCCAAGACGGCAAGCUUGGCUCAGGCGUGGGUGGAUAAGAUCAGGGUGGUUAUCAGUCAGGAGGAGGUCCGACUGAGACAGGAGGUCGAGAAAUCCCUUAUCAAGUUAUAGCGCUUAUUUAUCUCUCUACAAACACACCUACCUCUCUCUCUCCUCUCUUCUAAAUAUGUCUAUAUGUUAUUUAAAGCACAGGUGUCAUUUGUCCGUAUGGUGUUGUGACGGUAAAAAAAUUGCCCCGUAUCAAUAUCGUGUGCGCAAUACGCGGAUUGUCCGACCCGUCCAUGGAUUCGGUCGCGUGCUGGAGCAGACUGUGAAGAUAUGGCGGCAGAAGGGUUGCCUGGAGGACCGCUGCUACGCCGACUGAGGCGGCAAACGACAUGCCCGAAGUGUCACGAGAGGUUCAAGGAGCCGAAGCUGUUGCCGUGCAACCACUCCGUGUGCCGAGACUGCCUCCCGCUCAAGAAGGGUGUCAGGAAGGGGCGCGGGUUGGACUACAUCGUGUCGUGCCCGGCAUGCGAGAAAGAAGCGGAGCUGACG